UGCAGAACCAGCACAGCAGGACCCCUGUAUGAGUGCUCAGCCGCGCUUAACCCCUGCAAGAGAAUUUUACAACAAAAAGCAACAAGUUGAAAAGUGUUUUUCAUUGGACUUACAUGGGAAUUUAACAGAGGACGGGGAGAGAACAAGGGGAGGGGACGGCCUGCAGCUGAUGGACUCGGGAGAUGAGAUAGUGCGCACAACCUUCGCCAUCUCCCCAUCCUUCCCCACCGGACGGACGCUUCUUUUUCUUUCCGGAUGAUGUAACUGUUUUAUGACAGCCUUGGCUCGGAUUUAUUCUCGCCACGAACAAAGUGCUCAUACUUUCCUUUCAUUUGAAGUGCACGGUGAUAUCCGACGACGAGCCCCAUCCUCUAGUUCUUUGGGGCCCGUGUCCAGGUUUUGGUGAGGGGGACUCUGCUCAGCAGGACGUUACGCAGUGCGAAUCGGCUGUUUCCCCGGGAUCGAUGAGAGGUGGUGCAGUCAUGUGGAGGAUUCAGAUUUGCUGCGCACUGUUUGCACUGUAUUCAGCGGCACCGCCUGCACACAUCAACCGUCUGGCGCUGUUCCCUGACAAGAGCGCCUGGUGCGAAGCCAAGAACAUCACACAGAUAGUCGGGCACACGGGAUGUCAGCCUCGCUCUAUUCAAAACAGAGCCUGCCUGGGCCAGUGUUUCAGCUACAGCGUCCCCAACACAUUCCCACAGUCCACAGAGUCUCUGGUGCACUGUGACUCCUGCAUGCCUGCCCAGACACAGUGGGAAGUGGUUACUCUGGAAUGCCCGGGUGCAGAGUCUCCUCAUGUGGAUAAGUUGGUGGAGAGGAUCUUCCACUGCAGCUGCCAGUCUUGCAGUAAGGAAGGUGGCCAGGAGGGGGCGGUGAUGCAGCUGUAUUCAGCAGACAACGUUCUUGAGGUCCCCACUUUAUCUGACACCCUCAGUGGUGCCCAGUCCCACCCUCUGCCCCCUUCAGACUUGCACCCUAAGAUGCAUGCUCAUGCACACACAGACCACCACACACUACCACACACAUCAGAUGGAGGGUAGGUGUGACUCUCUCUGUCACUCUGCUCCUCUGCUCUGCCCUCUUUAUUCUCUGUAGUAUUGUAAAGGCACUUUAAAAAUAAGGCUUCACACACACUCACAAAGUCAUGCUAUCAGUUCACAUUCUAUUGUAUAUAAACACAGACAGAAACACAGCAGCCUUUGCACUCCUUUGUUUUCCGAUUUAACAGCAUAUGUGUGCAUACGACAAAACUACAGUCUGUCUCAUUUUGCUUAAUCUACUUUAAUGCAAUAAAUCCCAUUGUUGUUAUAAAAGACAAUUUUUGUAUUUAAUUAUAUCCAUACAAAUAAAAAACUUGCUCACAUUUUA